AUGCCUUCAUCAUCCGAGCGCAACACCGCCGAAGAAAUGCGCCUCUUCGACUACUUCAAAGAGAUCUACGUGCGCCUAUUCUACGCCGAGCUACAGAGCGAGGCUCGAACCGUAUCCCAAAUCUUCGGCGAAGCCCUCGAUGUCCAACCAGGAAAUCUCAUAACAUGGCUUGGCGCGGACCCGAAGUUCCUGAAGGCUGCGAAGGAGAAUGCAGAUAAGAGACAGGUUUCGGAUUUGUGCUGGUCAGCAGGAAAUUAUCUGGCAGACUCGGCCGCGGUGUUGUUUGAGUUUGGGAGGAAAGUUGAGGGGGCGCGGCACUGCGAGUGGGCGGAUCAGCUUCAUGGGUUGGCUCUGGAUUGGCAGGAUGUUGAGAAGAAGGGGAGUUGA